UGUUCCUUUCAGCACCGUGCAUGGCAAGCCAACCAGAUUGUGCACCACCUUUCUCGCAGUGCUUCCUUUCAGCAAGGACCCAACAAGACAUUGAAAGAGAUGAACAAAUCUACAACUCCUAUGAAAAGCUCACCUCCCAACUCCCCAUCCGCCGUGACUGGUCUCCAUUUGACCUCCAACUCUUCCAAUCCUUUUGGAUACCUACCAAGUUUGUUCCUCCAUGCAUGGCCAUCCAAGCCCACUUCAACCCUCGUCCCUCUGACAUCCUUCUUGUUACCAGCCCUAAAUCAGGCACCACAUGGUUAAGCGCUCUCUCCUUCGCCACCUUACACCGUCACUCCUUCUCCCUCUCCCUCUCGGACAACCCUCUUCUCACCAGAACUCCUCGUCAAUGUGUCCCUUUACUUGAAAAUUUCUUCUUUCACCGCACCAUACCUAAUCUUAACGUCUUACCAUCUCCCACUAUCUUUGCUACUCAUUUACCUUUCUCUUUACUACCUGAAAGUGCUCUCAGAUGCCGAAUUGUUUAUCUCUGCCGUGAUCCCAAGGACACAUUUGUAUCACUGUGCCAUUUCCUUGAGAGUUGGAUGAUUAGUUCUACUGAACACAAGAGUACUACUCAAGGCUUUGAUCUCAGCAAGGCAUUCCAGAUGUUCUCCCAAGGAACAUCUACUUUUGGCCCUUUCUGGGACCAUGUGCUGGGAUACUGGAAGGAAAGCUUGAGAUCACCGGAAAUGGUGCUCUUCUUUAGGUAUGAGGAGAUGAUGGAGGAUCCAGUUAACCAUUUGAGAAGACUGGGUCAGUUCAUGGGAUGUCCUUUUUCCAUGGAGGAAGAAAGAGAUGGAGUAGUGGAGGACAUUGUGAAGCUUUGUAGCUUUGACAACUUAAGAGAGCUCGAGGUAAACAAGGAUAAUAAGGGCAGUUUGGAGGAGAAGAGACCACCAGCAUCUUCUUUUUUCAGGAAGGGAAAAGUGGGUGAUUGGGUUAAUUAUUUGAGCAUGGAGAUGGCUGAGAAGUUGGAUGCUAUUACUAAUGAGAAGCUGCAUGGAUCUGGUCUUAGUUUUGAGUCUAGCAGUGUGGUUCCAUAAAAACAUCAUCUCAAGGCUAGGGUUUUAUGAUCAUCACAUGUGUGUUUGCUUUCGUAUGUGAUGAAAUUGAAUGUGUCUCUUGAAGUUCCUAGCUGAUUAGUUUCAAUAAUGGCUGUAAAUCCCAAUCAAAUCUAA